CAAAACCCACCCCAACCAAUUCACCCUUCUUUUCGCCGUCAAAUAUAUCUGGCCAAUAACAAAAGCCCGGUCACCGGAACACACACACACAUAUGGGAAAAGGAAAACAAAGAAAAGGGAAAAAACAAGAAGCAGAGCUAUUAAGCACAUUAGAUGACUUCACAAGCAAAGAAAACUGGGAUAAGUUCUUCAGUAUAAAAGGCACUGACGACCCUUUUGAGUGGUACGCUGAGUGGCCUCAGCUCCAUCAUUUACUUGUUUCCGAAAUCCUCGGAGAAGAAAAAAACAGUACUCGGGUGGUCUCAGAGGUUCAGAUUCUGGUACCUGGGUGUGGGAAUUCAAGGCUCUCCGAACAUUUAUACGAUGAUGCAGGGUUUAAGAGUAUAACUAACAUUGAUUUUUCUAAAGUUGUCAUUGCUGAUAUGUUGAAGAGGAAUCUCAGGUCUCGCCCUUGUAUGCGUUGGCGGGUCAUGGAUAUGACUGCUAUGCAGUUUGCAGAUAAAUCAUUUGAUGUUGUUCUUGAUAAGGGAGGAUUAGAUGCUUUAAUGGAGCCUGCGCUUGGCCCUAUGCUUGGGAAUCGAUAUGUAUCAGAGGUAAAGAGGGUACUAAAAGAAGGUGGAAAGUUUAUAUGUCUAACUCUUGCAGAAUCUCAUGUUUUAGGCAUGUUUUUCCCCAAGUUCCGGUAUGGGUGGAAGAUCAGUAUUCAUGUAUUGCCUCAAAAACCAUCUAAGAGGUCAGAUUUAAGAACUUUUAUGUUGGUUGCUGAGAAAGCAAAUCCCACUGUUCUGCAGAUGGUAUUGACGUCUUUCUAUCGUGAUACACUUGGAAGUGGUGAUCAGGCCAGUGGGAUGUUUGAAGCACUUGAAACUGAGAACAAAGUUCGAGCAAAGUGGUCCAGUGGUAAUGAUAUAUUGUACUCACUUGAAGACCUAAAAAUAGGAGUCAAAGGGGAUCUUUCAGAACUUAGUCCUGGUCGUCGGAUACAACUUACUUUAGGAGAACCUGGCGAGUCUCGCUUCUGCUACAAAACUGUACUUCUAGAUGCUAAGCAAAACUCUGAUGAUUUUUUAUAUAAUUGCGGUGUCUUUUUUGUGCCCAAGACCCGGUCUCAAGAAUGGCUCUACGCUUCAGAAGAAGGGCAAUGGAUGAUUGUUGAAAGUUCAAAGUCAGCUCGGUUGAUAAUGGUUUUCUUAGAUUCUAGCCAUACUGGUACAACCAGUGAGGAAUUACAGAAGGAUCUUUCUCCUCUUGUUAAACAACUAGCGCCUGCUAAUAUCAAGGACCCAGCUCAAAUUCCAUUCAUGGCAGCAAGUGAUGGGAUUAAGGAGAGGAAAGCUGUUCACCAGGUCACAUCUCCGUUGACUGGUGAAAUAACUGUUGAUGACGUGAUAUACGAAAAAGUUGACAGUGAACUUGGUCAAAUAUUUUUCUCGAAGGACCUUAUAUAUCGCCGGCUAACUUUUGAAAGAUCAGAAAACUUGAUACAGUCUGAAGGUUUGCUAACAAGAGAAAGGUCUCUACAAACUGUUUCUGACAAAAACAAUAAGUCAGGUUCUUCCAAAUCAAAGAAGAAAGGAACUCAGACGACUGAUUCUAACGUGUCAUUAGCAGCAGAUGACAAUGAUUUGAGUGUUGAUCACGGCUAUUUAGCUAGCUCUUAUCAUUCAGGGAUUAUAUCUGGUUUUAUGCUGAUCUCAUCACACCUGGAUAGAAUGGCAUCAUCUAGAAGACCGGUUAGGGCAGUUGUAAUUGGUCUUGGUGCUGGGCUACUUCCUAUGUUUCUUCAUGGAUGCAUUCCAUUUCUACAAAUUGAGGCUGCAGAGUUAGAUCCAGUAGUUGUAGAACUUGCAAGGGACUAUUUUGGUUUCAGAGAAGAUGAACGUUUAAAGGUACAUGUCACUGAUGGGAUCAAGUUUGUGGGAGAUGUUACUGGUAAAGCAGCUAAUGAAAACAAUGACAAACUAGACAUUACUGGUAAAGCAGCUGAUAAAGGCAAUGACAAACUAGAUAUACUUAUAAUAGAUGUUGACUCUCCAGACUCGAGUUCUGGAAUGACCUGUCCUGCUGCAGACUUUGUUGAGGAGUCUUUUUUGAAAACGGUUAAAAGUUCUCUGUCUGAGGAAGGUCUUUUUGUUAUAAAUCUGGUAUCUCGAUCACAAGCUAUCAAAGAAAUGGUUAUAUCAAGAAUGAAAGCGGUGUUUGGCAAACUUUUCUCCCUUCAGCUUGAAGAGGAUGUUAAUGAAGUUAUCUUUGCCCUUAACUCAGAGGUCAAUACAGAAUUUUCUUCACCUGAUGCUUAUAAUCAACUCGAGAAACUAUUGAAUGUGAAAGACCCUGGGAUGAAAAAAAUCAUAAUUGAUUCCGCAAAGAAGAUCAAACCUCUGGAUGGUUGAUACCUGCCACUCUGUUUUAACAAGAUUUCCCAACCUGUCUAUGCAUCAAACCCGUUUCUCAUACUUAUGUGGAUUAUAUUUAGUUCUUUAAUACAACAUUCGGGUAAUUAGGCGUGUACACAAAUUUUCUUUAUUUGUGAUUGAUUGUACAAUAUUAUCGUCUUGUCAUGUCUUAAUCUAAUUAUUGAACUCAUUUCUAGAAAA